GACAAGUACUUUACAGGGGUACUUCCCAUUGACAAUAGGUAUAUCCACUUUUACAUAUGAUGUUAAGAAUCUCAUUACACCGACACAUCAGAGGAUCAACUAUAGUGAGUAUCUCUAGGGUGACUAAAGUCCGUACAUGGUUAAACAAAGGGUAGGAGAAGUUUCUUGAAAGCCAGUACAAAUUGAUAUUAUUGACUGGGCUUAUUUCUCAGAAUGUGGAUGUUGGCACGGUACUUGUAGUAGUGUUCAAAUAGGUAUUAUUCUGUACAGUAUUGUUAGUUAGUACACCCCUGGGGUAAAGUUUCUCUUGCAACUUCAACCAAUACAUCUACAUCCUAGAUAACAAUCCAAAAUGAACAACAACACAACUCUUUCAAAUAUGCAUGAACACCUGAACCCCAUUGUUUUCUUUGACAUGUCACUUGGAGGAGAGCCUCUAGGGCGUGUUAAAAUGGAACUGUUUGCAGAUGUAACACCACGAACAGCGGAAAACUUUCGUCAAUUCUGCACAGGUGAAAGCAAAGAUAUUCAAGGCCGAUCGCAGGGCUAUAAGAAUAGCAAAUUUCAUCGAGUAAUCAAGGAUUUUAUGAUACAAGGGGGGGACUUUGUCAACGGUGAUGGUACAGGAUCUCGUUCUAUCUAUGGCACCUCAAAAUUCCCAGACGAGAAUUUCGCCUUGAGGCACGACCGUGGUGGUCUGUUGAGCAUGGCUAAUUCUGGUCCAAAUACAAAUGGCUGUCAAUUUUUUAUAACAACAACGCCGGCUCCUUUCUUGGACAACAAGCACGUGGUCUUUGGUCAAGUCGUUGACGGAAUGGAUAUUGUGCGGAUGGUUGAGAAUACCCGCACAACUAGAGACAAACCUAAUCAGGAUGUGGCCGUGGUGCAGUGUGGAGAAAUGUAAUAAUCGAGUUGAUGUUUCUAUACUACAAAAAUGCAGUACAUGCUUGAGAAAUCUCCAUAGUUGUGGUGACCGUGAGUCUCUUCGAAAAGACACGGACACCAGCCAAAUCAACAAGACGAGAUAGGAAAGAAAAUACAGAGUAGUGCCUAUAACUGAA